AAAUCUUAUCGCAUACUAUGUGCUCACACUUAGUUUGAAAAAUUGAUAUGCAAAUAAUGGGGGAAAUGGCAGAAAAUAUGACUGAGAAAGAAGUGCUUAACGAUUUCAAAGAGAGCUAUUAUAAAGUAAGGAAAUUACUCGACGAGGACAGUAAAAAUGACCCGGAAACUGAGCCGUAUCUGUCCAAAUACAAAGCGAAAGAGUUAUUGUUGACCAUGCGCGAAUCUCUUACCAAAAUAAUAGGCUCCCAGACCGAUUUGGACAGGGUAAAGUUGGAUGCGAUGAUGGGCACGGUUCUCUUAAAUAUAGGCAUCAUUAACAUGGACACGGAAGAAUUGACGGCCAGUGAAAAGGUUCUUACAGAAGCAGUGGAUCUACUCACCGAAAACUCGUUAAAACCAGAGGUGAUAACAACUGUGCUAAAUAUUUACAAUAAUUUAGGCAUUCUAUGGUCAAGUAGAGAUAAUCCGGAAACAGCUAAAGUAUUUUUACUUAAAGCCAAAGAACUUUAUGAAUCUUUCAAAUGUACUUUACAAAUGCCUUUGCCUAUUGAACAAAUGAUUGUGAACUUUGAGGAGACUCCCGUAUCGGAUUUUAUGCUACUGGAAAAAGCAUAUACAUUGACUCUGUACUACUUGGCUCAGGUGUAUGGUAUAUUGAAAGAGAAUUUGAAGUCGGGUGUGUACUGUCAUUCAACUCUGCGCAGGCAGUUGCAGUACUCAGACUAUGAGCCCAUAGAUUGGGCUUUAAAUUCUGCCACACUGUCUCAGUUUUUUGCUGAGCAGAAUGGUUUUUACCAGUCAAGACAUCACCUAGCAGCAGCUUCUACAAUCCUUGAGAAGUAUGAGGAGAAAAUGAUGGAGUCGGCUAGUAAUGAUGAUGCAUUUUUAGCCAAAGUGGAAACAUUCAAACAUAGAUCAGCUGAUGUGGCUCGGUGCUGGGCAAAGUAUUGCCUGCAGCUUAUGACCGCUUCAAUGACUAGGUUGAUGACGGACAGUGAAAUGAGCGCUGAUGCAGUAACUGACAUGUCCAAUUUGAAGCUCGAAGAUGAAGGAAAUAUCUGUGAUGGAGACAUUAAAAACCUAAUAUUCCCUGAUCUGGAUGUGUCUGUGUAUGAAAAGAAAAUUACAGAUAAAUUCCUCCUCACUUACCAAGAUGCCAGAGAAGUGUUUCUAAGUUGCCAGAGCUGGUUAAAUAAAGCUAAAGAAUACUACAAAUUGGAUACUUUAGCAUCAGAUUACAUAGAGCUUGUUCAGGAUAGUUCUCUGGCUUAUUCAUAUCUGGCAUUUUUUGAAGAGGAUGAUGAAAGACGCGCCAAAAUGCACAAGCGGCGUAUAGACAUGCUGGAAGAACUAAUCAAAGAAAUCAACCCUACAUACUACCUACAGUACUGUCGACAACUGUGGUAUGAACUGGGUGAAGUCUACACUGAUAUACUUGAUAUAAAAUUGGAAAAGCUAAAUAAUUCCAAUGAGAGACCUACCCCACAUGCAUUGAAGAAAAUUAAUGCACUAUGUGAAAAGAGUAUUGAAAUGUAUGAUCACUUUAUCAACUCAGUAAUGGAUAAAAAUGGUAAAAUGCCACUUAAACUAGAUAGUGAUCAUGUAAGGCCUGUAAUAAGUUCAUAUGCAUUUAUAGGUAGAAAUAGUAUGAAGAGAAUUGCUCUAGAUAAGAACGCUCAACUAGAGAAUUCUAAGAAGAGUUUUGACUCGUACCAGGCUGUAGUGGACAUCUGUACUAAUGACCCUGAUGCAGCUUCAAUGAUGCACGAAGAAUACAGUUUGUGUAAGGAGAUGGUGCAGAUACUGCCCAUCAAAAUUAAAAAGUUACAAAUGGAGCAGCUUGAGUAACUUGCAUUAUAUUGUUUGGAUGUUAUUCAAUUACUGCAGCUUUGCUUGAGUAGACACAUG